AUGGCUCUACCUCAAAUAAGUCCUGGAGAUCAAGCUAAAUUGCAAAUGAUGCAAGAAAUGGAAAUCGAAAUGAUGUCUGAUUUAUAUAACAGAAUGACAAAUGCAUGCCAUAAAAAGUGUAUUCCGCCGCGUUAUGGCGAAGCGGAUCUGGGAAAAGGAGAAAUGGUGUGUAUUGAUCGUUGCGUUGCUAAGUACUUGGACAUUCAUGAAAAGAUUGGAAAAAAAUUGACAGCAAUGUCAAUGCAAGAUGAAGAAUUAAUGAAAAAAAUGGGAAAUUAGAGACUUAGUAUUCAUAUUCCUGUUAAUAUAUUCCUUCGUUUGCUUUUACUAUUAAAAUAAAAUACAUAAAAAUUUA